AUGAACACAAAUCAGUCCAAUUUGAACACAGAUUUAUCCGAUGAUACCAAUAUAGAACACACGUUGCACCGACUGCUCACCCAGGCAAACAAUCAUUUUGACGAUACAGUGAAGAUUGAUGGGCACAGUUUGGACUUAGGAAAAGACUUGGAACAAGUUAUGAUGGAUACUUUGGACUGUACCGAUAUCUUCGAUUCCGAUAUAGUCUCAGAAAAGCAUUUGACAUUAGACUCUCUAUUUCACGAUGAACACAACACCGACUCUAGCACUCUCUUGAAUAUUCAAAAGAGCGCUAAUGAUAGCCUGGUCGCAAUAGACCUUGACGGGCACAAUCACAAUAAUGAUUUUAUUGACAAGUCAUCGUCACACGAAAAUACACAUCAAAACUCCUUACACAAAGCUGAUAGAGAGGCCAAGAAAUAUAAGAUAGAUAAAAAUGUUACCAAGAAAAAAAAGAGUGUAUUAAACAUCACAAAUGAACCCAUGUUAUCGCCUGCAUCCAUAUCACCUUCACCUUCUUUAGCUUCAUCCGAUACCAAUGAGUCUCACUUAAAGAUAGAAUCUAUGAUAACUAAUAUAACAUCUAAAAUAGAUUCCGCAAGACAAGAUAUCGUAUCUGCAACCAAGCCUGCCAAACUUACAAAUGAGUUUACAAUGAACCAAAUAUCGGAAAUGAAAGCAAGGAUAAUUAAUACGCAUAAAUUGUUGCUAAAUUUCAAUUUCAUUAAGGAAGGUUACGCCAGAUCUUGUAUUCAGCUGAAAAAGACCAUGGAUUCCUUAAAGGAUAGUGAAAUUCAUAGGGCACAUUUAUUAGUCGAAAACGAUGAUUUAAAGCAACAAGUCUUUGAACUUACUCAAAAACUCAAUGAAAGACAACCCAAAGAAAUCUAA